AAGACCAAAACAACAACACAGCAUCUCCUCUUCUCCUUGCUUGUUAUACCCAUCUCUCUAUAGCUCUCUUUGAUUUUGUUUUGAUCAUGGCCGUUGAUUCAGGUCUAUCAUCCCCACUGGGUCCCCCUGCAUGUGAGAAGGACGCAAAGGCUCUUCAGUUCAUUGAAGAGAUGACAAGGAAUGUAGACUCGGUACAGGAGAGGAAUCUCGCAGAGAUACUGCGUAGGAACUCUGAGACUGAAUAUCUUAAGCGAUUUCAGCUCCAAGGAGCAACUGAUCGAGACAACUUCAAGGCCAAAAUCCCUGUGGUCACUUACGAGGACAUACAGCCUGAGAUUCAGCGUAUAGCCAACGGUGACCGCUCUGCCAUCUUUUCUGCUCAUCCUGUCUCUGAGUUUCUCACUAGCUCUGGUACUUCUGCUGGUGAGAGAAAACUGAUGCCAACAAUUCAAGAAGAGUUGGAUCGUCGCCAGUUAUUGUACAGUCUUCUCAUGCCUGUCAUGAAUCUAUAUGUGCCAGGUUUGGACAAAGGGAAGGGUCUGUAUUUCUUGUUUGUGAAGGCUGAGACAAAGACUCCUGGUGGGCUCUUGGCACGUCCGGUACUCACAAGCUACUACAAGAGUGAGCACUUUAAGAACAGGCCAUACGACCCUUACAACGUUUACACCAGCCCCAACGAGACCAUUCUCUGCGCUGACUCCUUCCAGAGCAUGUACACACAAAUGCUCUGUGGACUCAUUAUGCGAGAAGAAGUCCUCCGAGUUGGUGCAGUUUUCGCCUCUGGCCUUCUCAGAGCCAUCAGGUUCCUUCAGAUCAACUGGAAGCAACUCGUCGGAGAUAUCUCCUCCGGCACAUUAAACCCUAAAAUAACUGACCCUUCAGUAAGGGAAUGCAUGACCAAAAUCUUGAAACCUAACCCAGAGCUCGCUGAGUUCAUUACAAAUCAAUGCUCAGAAGAGAACUGGGAAGGUAUUAUCACAAGAAUUUGGCCCAAUACAAAAUAUUUAGACGUCAUUGUUACAGGAGCUAUGGCCCAGUAUAUUCCCACGCUUGAAUAUUACAGUGCUGGGUUGCCCAUGGCUUGCACCAUGUAUGCUUCCUCUGAGUGCUACUUUGGGUUAAACUUAAAACCAAUGAGCAAGCCAUCUGAGGUUUCUUACACAAUCAUGCCAAAUAUGGCUUACUUCGAGUUCUUGCCUCAUGAACCCUCAGCUCCAGCACCCUCCCGUGACUGUCCUCCACGUCUUGUGGACCUUGCUGACGUUGAAGUUGGCAAAGAAUACGAACUGGUUAUCACUACAUAUUCUGGUCUAUACAGGUACCGAGUUGGUGACAUCCUCCGAGUCACUGGUUUCUACAACAAAGCUCCACAAUUUCGGUUCGUAAGGAGAAAAAAUGUCUUAUUGAGCAUUGACUCGGACAAAACCGAUGAGGCUGAGUUGCAAAAGGGUAUUGAAAAUGCUUCUAUAUUGUUACGUGAGUUCAACACCAGUGUUGUUGAGUACACUAGCUACGCAGAUACCAAAAGAAUCCCAGGCCACUACGUGAUAUACUGGGAGUUGCUUGUUAAAGAUCCAGCCAAUUCACCAACUGAGGAGGUUUUGAACCAGUGUUGCCUAGCCAUGGAAGAGUCAUUGAACUCAGUCUACAGGCAAGGGCGAGUAGCUGACAACUCAAUCGGGCCACUGGAGAUAAGAGUGGUAAAAAAUGGCACCUUUGAGGAGCUCAUGGAUUACGCAAUUUCAAGGGGUGCAUCCAUUAACCAGUACAAAGUGCCAAGGUGUGUCAGCUUCACACCCAUCAUGGAACUGCUAGACUCCAGAGUAGUAUCAAAACAUUUUAGCCCAUCACUGCCACAUUGGACCCCAGAACGACGCCGUUGAGUACAUGGCGGCAAAGAAAAAAGAAUUGCAGAUUAAAAAAGGGAAAAAAAAAAAAGAUUAAAAAGCCAUCCUUGGGAAGAUAACUCAGUGACAGCAACUACUCUCUAUGUAUGUCUGUCUCUUUUUCAUUAAGUUAGCUUUUAAAAGCGUCUUUUGAAAUUGCACAACGGUCUGUAUUGUGUUUGUGUAAUAAGUUCAUAUAAUCUGUACUGUGCAUGAUGUAGUUGUCCAUUUGAUGUUUGUUUGUCCAUUGGAAUCCUUUGCUCUC